CUGGUUUGCCCGUCGUUUCUGUGUGGACUGCUCAAUGCACUACGGCACCAUCCAGUUAUCAGAGAGCCAGGAGACACAGUCCUCGAAGUUAUUGUGUCGAAACGAAUAAAAAAGCUUUGGACGUGAAGUUUUAGUGAAGUUGUCCAUGGAGUAAAGGUGAAGUUAAAUAGUUGAAAUGGAGUGUAUCAAUUGACCUUAAAGAUUUUUCUCCCAUCUCUUAGUCUUCUCCCUGUGUGUGUGUGUGUAUGUGUGUGUGUGUGGGUUUCCCAAGGCCACUGCACAGUAUAUGUAUUAAGGGAAAAAGAUAUUUCUGAACUCGAUCCAAUUGUAUGAAAGACCUCGCGUGGUUUUGUUUCUCUUUGUGGGGGGUUGGCCCACUUUUCCCCCUUCAUUUGGACAACCACUUGUCUCACUAUCUCAAAGGAACCUGAAGAACAUCUUGAUCACAGGGUUUUCGGGGCCCGAAGAGUAACAGCGGAAGAACCAAAAAAGAAAAAAAGGAGGAGACAUUUUGUUGAUUUGUUUUUUGAUUGGGCGAACGAGAGAUGGCGGACGUCGAUCCUGAAACGCUUCUCGAAUGGCUAACGAUGGGGCUCGGCCAGGAAGAGCUGGCCGAAAGGGAUAUGCAGCUGGUGGCGUUGGAACAACUUUGCAUGCUUCUUCUUAUGUCGGACAAUGUCGACCGAUGUUUCGAAAGCUGUCCACCCCGGACGUUCCUGCCGGCCUUGUGCCGUAUACUCUUGGACAAAACGGCACCCGAUUCGGUGCUAGAAGUGACGGCCCGGGCCAUCACUUAUUACCUGGAUGUGUCAGCUGAAUGCACUCGGCGUGUUGUGGCCGUCGACGGAGCUGUCAAGGCUUUGUGUGGCCGGCUGGGCACAGCCGACCUCCAACAGCGCACUUCUCGUGAUUUGGCCGAGCAGUGCGUCAAGGUUAUGGAACUGAUUUGUACUCGAGAAGCUGGAGCCGUUUUUGAAGCCGGUGGAUUGCAAUGUGUUUUGUCUUUCAUCCGCGAUGCUGGAACUCUGGUUCACAAGGAUACUCUCCACUCUGCAAUGGUUGUCGUUUCGCGACUUUGCUCCAAAGUGGAACCCCACGAUCAAGGAUUGGCCGCUUGCGUCGAUGCCUUGUCCACUUUGCUACAACACGAAGACGGACACGUCGCAGAUGGCGCUCUCAGAUGUUUUGCCUCUCUGGCCGACCGUUUCACCCGACGUGGCAUCGAUCCGGGACCUUUAGCUGAUCACGGACUCGUCUCGGCCCUCCUUUUCCGUCUCUCUAAUGCAGCUGGAACGACGGCCUCAUCGUCACAACAAACAACCAAUUCCCCUGCUGCAGCAGGUACUGGAUCGGCUACUGCAUCAGCGACAUCUUCGAAUGCGGUGGAAACGGCUGGAACCAAUAAAUCGGCCACUUGCAGCUCGUCCAUUUCGACAGUCAUUAGCUUGUUGUCGACGUUGUGCCGCGGCUCACCUGGCAUCACGCACGAUUUGCUCCGUUCGGAACUACCGGACGCCAUCGAACGAGCAGUGAACGGCGAAGAGCGUUGCAUCCUCGACACGAUGAGGCUCGUCGAUCUGCUUCUCGUUCUCCUCUUUGAAGGACGCAAGGCUCUACCACGCAGCGGAGGAGGUGGACUUGCCAACCCUACCAACAGCUCGACAGCGCCCACAACGCCAGGAUCCACAAUCCGAGGUGGAAGCAGCGGUGGCAGCACAACCGGCUCCAUGUUGCGUCGAUUGGAUAGCGCAGGAGAACGGACGCAUCGACAGCUGAUCGACUGCAUCCGCAGCAAAGACACGGACGCGUUGAUAGACGCCAUCGAUUCCGGCGGCAUUGAAGUCAAUUUUAUGGACGAUGUGGGCCAAACUCUGCUCAAUUGGGCAUCCGCUUUCGGCACCCAGGAGAUGGUGGAAUUCCUUUGCGAACGUUGUGCCGACGUCAACAAGGGCCAGCGAUCUUCUUCGCUUCAUUACGCUGCUUGCUUUGGCCGGCCAGCCAUCGCCAAAGUUCUUUUGCGCUACGGAGCCAAUCCCGAUUUGCGCGAUGAAGAUGGCAAGACGCCAUUGGACAAAGCUCGCGAACGCAACGACGAAGGCCAUCGAGAAGUGGCCGCUAUUUUGCAAUCGCCAGGUGAAUGGAUGAUCACUCCUACGUCUUCAACACCACCCAAUCCGUCGUCCAUGGCGGAUGCUUCCGGCCAAUUCUCCACGUCGGGACAGCAGCGACGAGGAGACGCUUUGACUGCCGGCUCAACUUGCCUUUCAGAAGAUUCGUCGUCCAUUUUGUCGGAUGGAGGAACAACGUCGACGGAGCCAAAGGGCGAUCCGGACAUGGCGCCCGUGUAUCUGCGGCGUCUUUUGCCCGUCUUUUGCCACACCUUUCAAAGCAGCAUGAUCGCCAGCGUGCGCAAGGCCAGCCUGACAAUCAUCAAGAAAAUGGUUCACUACACCCAACCGGCGCUGCUGCAUUCGCUCUGCUCGCACGAAUCGAACGUCUUCAUUUCGACGCUGGUCGAGGUGGUAGCGGCCGUUCUAGACAAUGAAGAGGACGAAGACGGCCAUUUGGUGUGCAUGCACAUCAUUCAAGAUCUGAUGAACAAGUCGGCCGAUACUUUCCUCGAUCACUUUGCUCGUCUCGGUAUCUUUAGCAAAGUGCAAAUUCUGGCCAGUAGUGGCGGCGCCGAACUGCAACCUACUGACUCGGGCAAUGCGGUCCAGCCGCAGAAACCGCAAGGGGAAACAACCGCUCAAGUGGACGUGGUUAAGGAGUUGAUGGCCGGCCGGCCGUACCACUGGAGGGAUUGGUGCAUUGCUCGCGGUCGCGAUUGUCUCUACAUUUGGAGCGACGCUGCGGCUUUGGAACUCUCCAACGGCUCUAACGGAUGGUUCCGCUUCAUCUUGGAUGGCAAAUUGGCCACAAUGUACUCGUCCGGAAGCCCCGAAGGUGGGUCCGACAGCUCGGAGAAUCGAGGCGAGUUCCUCGACAAACUGCAACGCGUCCGGACUCAAAUCAAACCUGGAACAAUCAGUCAGGCCGUUUUCGCAGCCGGCGUGAAAUGCUCUGACGCCCUUCGCCUCACCGUAGGCAAUUGGUCCUUAUCUUCAAGCAAAGACGGAGAACUGGUCAUUCAGAAUUCCGACGGCCAACAGCAGGCGACCAUAUUGCGCGAAGAUUUGCCCGGUUUCUUAUUCGAAUCGAAUCGAGGCACCAAACACACGUUCACAGCCGAAACGGCCCUUGGUCCCGAAUUAGCGGCCGGUUGGGCGCCAGUUCAUUAUCUGAGCCCUGGCGGCAGACGCAGCGCCGGCGGUUCCGGUGGCGGACGAUCGGGGCUGGUUAGUGGCGGUCGCUUCCGUUCGUCGCAAGUGGAAGCCACCAAGCAAAAAGUGCGAGCUCAAGCCCAAGAGAUUUAUCAGCGCUAUUUCCAAGCAGCUCAGGCUCAGCCGAGAGGAGUCGUUGCCCGUCUAGCUGCCAUUGUCGUGCACAUUGAGCGCGGAUGCGCGGCUCAGGAGAACAACCGAGAACAGCAGCAACGCGAUCAUUCGGCUUCGCAAGGAAGCGCAGCGGGAGCGGGAGCUUGGCGUGACCUUCUCCGUUCAGCUCUUAACGAUUUUCGCUCCCUGUUGGAAGGCGAAGACACGAGCCUAUCGGCUUUUGAGUUGCAGUCCAGCGGCCUAGUCCAGGCCCUUCAUCGUCUCCUCUCGCCCGCCGGACUGGAUGACUACCUGCAAGGCACCCGACGGGGCAACCGGCUGCUGCGCCAGCGUGUGGCCAUUUUCCGCGAGUGUUUCCAGUCAGCCGAUUAUCUCUACCAAAACGGACCUAAAGGGCCGGCUACGUGCCUGGUCCGCAAAUUGGUCUCCGUUCUCGAAUCGAUCGAAAAACUGCCCGUCUACUUGUACGAUGCCGCUGGCGGAUCGACCAACGGCCUGCAGACGCUGACGCGACGUCUGCGUUUCCGUUUGGAGCGAAGUCCUGGCGAAACGGGUCUGACGGACCGAACGGGACGGGCAUUAAAGACCGAGCCACUCACCACCGUCGGCCAAUUAGAGAAAUAUCUGCUCAAGAUGGUAGCCAAGCAGUGGUACGAUUACGAACGUUCGUCGUUGGCGUUUGUCCGCAAAAUUCAGGCGGCCACAUCGGCAACGUCGGCUGGUCCGUCCGCCUCGCCGUUAACUUUCCGCCAUACGCGCGAUUUCGAUGAAGGCGGCGUCAUCUAUUGGCUGGGCACCAACGGUAAAACCGUGCCCGAUUGGGUCAAUCCUGCUCAGGUGGGCCUGGUUGUCGUGACAUGUUCUGAAGGACGCAAUUUGCCUUACGGCCAUUUGGAAGACAUUUUGUCACGCGAUAGCGCGGCUCUGAAUUGCCACACGAACGACGACAAACGCUCGUGGUUCGCGCUGGAUCUCGGCCUUCACCUUUUACCCACGGCCUACACUCUGCGACACGCCCGCGGAUACGGAAAAUCCGCCCUUCGUCACUGGCUCUUCCAAGUCUCAAAAGACGGACUGUCGUGGACAACUCUGUUCACUCACGUGGACGAUUGCUCGCUGAACGAGCCCGGCUCAACUGCCACGUGGCCGCUAGAGCCACCCAGUGGCGAAACGCAAGGGUGGAGACACGUUCGCAUCCAGCAGAUGGGCAAAAACGCUUCCGGCCAGACCCACUAUCUCAGCAUCAGCGGCUUGGAAUUGUACGGCACUGUGACGGGCGUAUGCCAAGAUUUGGGACGGGCAGCCCGAGAGGCCGAAGCCAAUUUGCGGAGACAACGGCGCAUGGUUCGUCAUCAGAUGCUGCGUCACCUGGUGCCAGGCGCUCGAGUUGUGCGCGGACUCGACUGGAAAUGGCGUGAUCAAGACGGAUCUACCACGACUGCGGCCACUGCCGGAGGUUCGGCCCAGCCAGCGGAAGGCACAGUGACGGGCGAAUUGCACAACGGCUGGAUUGACGUCACCUGGGAUCACGGCGGAUCUAAUUCGUAUCGCAUGGGCGCCGAAGGCAAAUAUGAUUUGAGAUUGGCUCCUUCCUACGAUCCGGAAGCGGCCCAACAACAGCAACAACAACAACAGACACCCGCCACGUCGGGCAAAACCCCGUCUUCUUCCUCCACCCUCAAGACAAUGAAUUUAGACAAGCCGUCCGCCACGGGUGUCAAAUCUUCGACACCCACUUCCAGCCUAACUAGCGUGGGAGCUGGAAGCGUUUUGGCCGGCAGCCGGAAGUCCAGCUCGACGCCCAGUUUGCCCGAAGCCACAGGAGUCGUCAAAUCCUCUGUAGCAUCAACUGAACAGGCUACGUCGGUCGAUAAUCUCUUGACAUCCGCAGCGGCUGCGUCUGCAGUCGCCGAUAGCGUUUUAAGUUUGGCCAGCGCCGAAGCUGGACUGGUCUCUUUCGAACGCGUCCGUGGCGACAGCACUGGCACCCAAAGCACCGACGACGAUGAAGCCACUUCGACGGCGGUCGCUGCGCUCGUAGGAGCCCUAAGCCUGAUGGACCCUACCGGAUCAUCGACGGAAGGCGGAACGGGCGAGUCUCAAGUAUCUGACAGUCACAGGAACGCCAAGAAUACCUAUUUGGCCGGCCAGUCAAAGACUGCCACUCAAUUAGCGGAUCAUAGUUUAUUGGCUUCGGUUAGUUCGACUAGUGGCGCUGCCUCACCGGCUGCUGCUGCUGCCGCCGCCGCCGCCGCCGCCGCCGCCGCCCUGGAUGGCAUGGUCGUUGACGAUUCGCUAAUGACCGACGUGACGGAAGAGAUGUUGGAAAUCAACGCGUUCGAUCUACUUCGCAGUCUGGAACGCCAGGCCAGUCAACUGCAAGCCGAAGCUGAAACAAUGGCGGCCGCUACGUCUGCCCUAUCCCGUGUGGAAGUAGCUGGACAGCAGCAACAACAAGGCGACGAUGAGCAAGACGACAUCUCGUCACCUCCCUCUCCUCCUCAAUCGGUCAAAGUGACUUCGGGUGCCGCUUCUGGCGUUCGCACUUCAGGUUCAAUGAGUGUCAGCGUCCCCAAUUUGACGACGUCGACAGAACCUGAACGAGAAGUGGGUGGCGGACCCACUCCGGCCGCUUUCCUCGAGAGUUUUGCCAAUGUUGCCCGAAGACGCCACCAAGCGGGUAAUGCCAACAGUGGAAGUGGUGGAGCUGCAGGUGGGGGGAGCACGUCUGGUUCAGCCGUAGAGUCGUCGAACGCCAAUCGAUGCAGCGGAUCGCACAGCAGCGGAGCUGGACCGAUGGCCACUGGUGGUCAUGGCGCAAGUGGAACCAAUGCUGCCAACGUCUCGUCUUCUUUAUCUUCAUCUUCUUCUUCGUCCAACGCCACAUCAUCGCUGCUUUUCCCUCGUGGCCCCAAUUCGGUUUCGAGCCUCGUCCGGCUGGCCCUUUCCUCCAAUUUCCCGGGUGGACUCCUCAGCACGGCCCAGAGCUACCCGAGUUUGAGCAACACGUUGAGCAGCCUCUCGUCGGUAGCCUCUCACGCUGUUUCCAUGGCCGGCGCAUCGUCCACCAACUUGCAUCACGGUCACGCUGGGGUCGGUCAAGGGCAUCAGCAGACGAGCGGCAGCCACGGCCUGAGCCAAGCCCUGUCGAUGAGCCUCACCGGGUCGAGUGACUCUGAACAAGUGAGUCUCGAAGAUUUCCUGGAGAGUUGCAGGGCGGGCACGUUGCUGGCCGAAUUAGAAGACGACGACGAGUUACCCGAACCAGACGAGGACGACAACGAAGACGACGACGAGAACGAAGAUGACGAAGAUUUCGAAGAAGUGACCGAAGAAGACGGAGACGGCGCCUCUCGCCACGUCACCGGCAACACCAAACGGCGCAGUUGGGAUGACGAAUUUGUCCUAAAACGGCAGUUUUCCGCUUUGAUUCCGGCGUUCGAUCCUCGACCAGGCCGCACUAAUGUUCACCAAACGUCCGAUUUGGAAAUUCCUCCACCUGGUGCCGCCGCCGCUGAAGGAGCGCAAGGAGCGGAAGCCAUUUUUUCUUCGUCCUCCUCCUCCUCCUCCUCCUCCUCCUCCUCCUCCUCCUCAUCGAUCAUGGCUUCUGGUCAGCCGCAGCCGCAGACGCAGCUUCAGUCGGAUGUGGAAGCUGAUGCAGAUUUGGUGCCUCAACCCAAGUUACAUCUGGUCUUGCGCGGCCCCGGUCUGCCCAAUAUCCCCGACGUUGAGAUCGAGUUGACAGACGGCGAUUGGACCGUCUUCAAAGCCGUGCAAAAGUUGAUCCAGUCGUCAGCGCUGGGCACGCGACAGGAGAAGUUGAGGCGCAUCUGGGAGCCGACCUACACGGUGGUCUACAAAGAGCUGAAGGACGAAGCCGGCGCCGUCGUAGUUGGCCCAUCUGCCGGACUGAGCGACGCCAACAGCAUCGGCCAGCGUCGUCUUAUGGAUGACGAAUUGUUUUUGCCCGAUUUCGACGUCAACACGCAAACGAGCAAUACGGUGGGAUCGUGCAGCGUCGGAGACGUCCUCCUCCUGUUGCGGCAACUCUACAUUCUGAGCAGCCGGCCUCCAGGGCCAGGCGAACAGUUGGACGUGGAACAACAGCAGCUGCAGCAUCUGCAGCAUCAGUCUCACCACAGCGCCACCAUCUAUAUUCCGCUGGAAGAGUUUAGCAGCAAGAAAGUGACCAACAAGUUGACGCAACAGCUGUCCGACCCGUUGGUCGUUUCCGCUGGCGCUCUGCCGGCCUGGUGCGAACAGCUGUUGACCGUUUGCCCGAUGUUGGUGCCUUUUGAGACCCGUCAAAUGUACUUCCAAGCCACGGCUUUUGGAACUUCUCGUUCUAUCGUUUGGCUUCAGAGCCAGCGCGAUUCGGCGGUCGAGAGGCAAAGAAAUACGGGAGCCGUUCCGCGACGGGAUGAUCCACACGAGUUCCGCGUCGGCCGACUGAAACACGAGCGGGUGCGCGUUCCACGAGGCGAACGUUUGCUCGAUUGGGCUCAGCAAGUGAUGAAGGUUCACGCCGACCGCAAGGCCAUUUUAGAGGUGGAAUUCCAGGAUGAAGAAGGCACCGGACUCGGCCCGUCUCUGGAAUUUUACGCGCUCGUGGCGGCCGAGAGUCAACGACGGGAUUUGGCGCUGUGGAUCUGCGACGACGAAGACGACGAGGUGACAGCCGCUGAAACGGCUGCGUCUGUGGCCGAUUCCGGAGUCAAACCGCCGGGCUAUUACGUUGUUCGGCCGUCUGGCCUCUUUCCGGCGCCUCUGCCACAAGACUCGCCCAUCUGUGAUCGCGCCGAGCAGCUUUAUUGGUUUUUAGGAGUCUUCCUGGCCAAGGCGCUCCAGGACGGCCGCCUUGUCGAUUUGCCCCUUUCGACUCCCUUCCUUAAAUUAUUGUGCCAGGGCGACGUGUCCUGCCCGGCCCAGCAGCCCGUCUUUGUCAACAGCGACAGCAAACGCAGUAAAACUAACUACCGGGCUGGAUCUCACCCUCCGCCACAACAGCCUCCACCACCUCCUGCUUCCGUUCCAUCGUCUCAGCAGCAGCAGCAGCAACAGACAGCAACAGCAACAAAGCAACAGCAACAGCAACAACACCAACAGCAACAGCACCAACAGCAACAGGACGUGGAAGACCCGAUGACUUCGUCCGUCUUCUCACAGGAUGGAGACGUUUUGGGCGGCAAUGGCAAGACGCUCACCGGAAGCAACAGCCCUCGCGAUCCGUCCCUCCCCUGGUUCUCCGGUUUCCUCUCGCACGAAGAUCUGGCCAUCGUUGAUCCGACUCGAGGCCGGUUCCUUCUACAAUUGCGAGCCUUGGCCACGCGACGUCGCCAAAUCCUGACGGACCCGACGCUCAGCCACGAGGAUCGAUGCCGUCAGGCGGACAAUUUGGCUUUGGCUCAGCCCAAUCUCUUGAACAGCAGCAAUUCAACGACGACAGUGUCGAGCGUGUCGAGCCAAACUCAUAGCAACAUGUCGCAGAGCCAAAAACCGGCCACCAUUGUGCCACCGCAAUCGCAAAAGAUUCAAAGCGCCGCCCAAGGACAAGGCGGCGGCGUCCGCCUCGAAGAUCUGGCGUUGACUUUCCAGUUUGCCCCGUCGUCCAGAGUUUUUGGAUUCACCGAUGUGGAACUGCGCUCCGGUGGUGCCGAUUUCGAGGUAACGCUGGACAAUGUGGAAGACUAUGUCGAGCUGAUGGCCGAGUUUUGCCUGGAACGCGGCAUCCGCCGCCAGAUGGAAGCGUUGCGUCAAGGCUUUGACCGCGUUUUCCCCAUGUCGCGUCUAGCCGGCUUUAGCCCGUCUGAGUUGCGAUUGCUUCUCUGCGGCGACCAGAGUCCCAGCUGGACGCGCGAAGAUAUCCUCAAUUACACGGAGCCGAAAUUGGGCUACACUCGCGACAGCCCUGGCUUCCAGCGAUUCGUCAACGUGCUGACGGGCAUGAACGCGGAAGAGCGCAAAGCCUUCCUCCAGUUCACGACGGGCUGUUCUUCUCUUCCACCUGGUGGGUUAGCCAACCUCUACCCACGAUUGACCGUCGUCCGCAAAGUGGACGGUGUCAGUGAUCGAAGUGGAUGCGUCAACGGCAGCUAUCCGUCCGUCAACACGUGCGUCCAUUAUCUCAAGCUACCCGAAUACGACUCUGAGGAGAUUUUACGCGAACGGCUACUUGCCGCUACCCGUGAAAAGGGUUUCCACCUCAAUUGAAAAAUUUUGCCUAUUUUGUUUACGAACAGUGUUGGUGGGAUUUUCUUUUUUUUUUUUUUUUUUUUUUGGUUUGUCUUCAUUUUCUCGUUGGAGUUUGACUUUUGUCACCAAUUUCACCGUUUUUUUUUUCCCCUUUCUUUUUCUCCCCCACACACAUCCGAUGUGAAAAACCAAAGUUUCGAAUUUAGAGCUGACGAGAGAGAAAGAGAGAAAAACAAAAGAAUGGAAUUCAUCACAAGCUGAAUAGAAGAAAACCAUUUGUAUAAACAAAUCCGUAAAGAAGAAAAAAGAAAAUGAUCGAGGUAGUCGCCUAUUUGUUUGUUUCUACUAUCCUCCCCGUACCAUGUCGUGUCACGCGAAGUGAAUCUUCUCUUUUUAUUUGGCUUGUUUCCUAACGGCAGGAUGUAAACAGAGAAAAAGAAAAAAAAAAUUGUCAUUCAACGACUCCACCUCCUUGUUGUCUUUGCCUCUUACCCAUGUAAUCCACUGAUACAUUUAGGGCCUACCCCCAACGGCCAAUCUUCUUUAUUCUGCUUUUGACCUGUCGCCUAGAUCUAAUCUUGCUUCUCGGUAACGAAGAGUAGAAGAUUUUCAUGUAGUCUUUUAGUGUUCUACGCGAUCGCUCCAUGGUAUCGGUUUCAACCACACGUUUUGACUGUGGACUAGGAAGCAACAAAAAAAGAAGAAAAAAACAAACAAAACAAAUAAAGAAAUCAAGUCGGUAGUAAUUCAUUUGUAGGACAUCCAACACACAAGGCCGCUUAUUUUCGGCAUACCAAUGUGCGUCGAUGUCUUUAUUUUGUGUGGAGCUCGGUGGUUUUGGUGAAACAUUUUUUUUCCCCAUUUAUUUUGGAUUUUUUUCUUUUCUUUAUACAUAUAUAUAUUUUUUUUUUAUUGAUCCACCAGCUGCCACUCCACACCAACCACCCUCCUUCUACUGUUGCACUUUCAUUUAGCCAUCGUUUUCUUUUGUGAAAUGAACACGCAUCUUUAUAAUAAAAUUGAUUGUGCCCCUCCCUCAUCGCCCCCAUUAAUCUCUCGCAUUGAUCAUGGUUCAGUUUGUUUAUUUUUCCUCCUUUAUCUCUCUAUCUCUCCAAAGAACUAUCGGGAUUUGUCUAAUUUUUUUUUUUUUUUUUUUUUCAAUAUAUUCUCCUCAUUAUCCAUGUUUGUCAUGCCAGAUUAACUCUUGCACAUGGUGUAGUACUACUACUUUAAUCAAGUAUACGUUUCAACGAUA